AGGAGAAAGCGGGGGGAUGACUGCAUGAAAAGGAAAAAACAAAACAAAACAACAAUCAUGACUCCCGUAAUCCAUCCUUCGGGAUUUUUUCUUUCUAAAUCAUAAUGCUCGGUCUGUUUACCUAUACGGCAUGGCGCAAUAAAUGACGAGCCUCCACGAUAAGUGUGCGCUGGCUUGAGAGAGAUGUCAUCUCCGGGCAUGGGCACCCCCAGUGACCCCCUUCUGGCCAGUCCAGGAGGGAGGUUACCCACAGCUCAGGAAGGUCUCUGGAGGAGCUCUCUCCCCAAAACUGCCAGCUUUCCGACAUCCACCACUCGGCACCUCAGUCACAGAGCCAACAACUUCCAAAGACAGCCAAAGCGCCGGAAGCUGAUAAGACCUUCACCACCUCCACCGCCCAACACACCCUGUCCCCUGGACCAGCUGGACCUCAGUGAGCUUCCCCCGAGGCGCACCUUCCAAGAACUGCUCUUUAAUGGCUGCAUCCUGUUUGGUAUUGAAUUUAGCUACGCCAUGGAGACAGCUUAUGUGACUCCUGUGCUUCUACAGAUGGGCCUACCCGAUCAGUUCUACAGCUUAGUGUGGUUUAUCAGUCCCAUACUGGGAUUCCUCGUUCAGCCUCUCCUCGGAGCGUGGAGUGAUCGUUGUACAUCCCGGUUUGGACGAAGGAGACCCUUCAUUUUUGCCUUGGCUAUCGGGGCUCUGUUUGGUCUAACCCUGGUGCUGAACGGACGGGACAUCGGAGGUGUGCUGGCUGACACUGCAUCAAAUCACAAGUGGGGAAUUGUCCUGACGGUGUGCGGCGUGGUUCUGAUGGACUUCAGCGCUGAUUCAGCAGACAACCCGAGCCAUGCAUACAUGAUGGAUGUGUGCAGCCCAGAGGACCAGGAUCGGGGGCUGAACAUCCACGCACUCCUGGCAGGACUUGGAGGUGGAUUUGGCUACAUUGUUGGUGGCAUCAACUGGGACCAGACACAGUUUGGAAGGUCAAUGGGAGGUCAGCUGCGGGUCAUAUACAUGUUCACAAGUAUCACUUUGGUGUUGGCCACAGCCAUGACUCUGAUGAGUAUCCCCGAACGGCCCCUACCAAAGAGCCAGCCAAACAAAAACAGCAAGUCCCAUCUGAAAAGCCCCAGCCUCCCGCUUCCUCCCUCUCCCCCUGUUCCCCCGGGAUCAGCGCUUGGACUGGAGGAGGACGACGAGGACGGUCUUUACAGCUACAACUUCGCAAAGUCUCACCCGUAUAACUCCGACCCUCUCGCCCAUUCUUGCAGUGCCAACGCACGCCUCUGUGCUGGCCUCACCAGCCCCAUAUCGCCCCUGAGCCCCCUCACUCCCAAAUAUGGCAGCUUCAUUAGUCGGGACAGCUCGCUCACUGGCAUCAAUGAUUUUGCCUCUUCACUAGGAACGUCCUAUAUAGACAGUGUGCUCAUAAACUGCUACACAGGUCAGCAGACGCCACAGGGCCCGGCCCCAAACUCCACCACUGCACCCCUACCUCCAGGGGACUCCCCUCAUCCUGACGAGUCUUCGCAGGGAGCAGGAAGCCAUCCUGCAGGACAGACCCAGGUUGACGCGGAGUCCCAUCCAGCUGAGGAAGCUCAGGAUGCAGAAGCGCCACAGCCUGAGGGAGAUGCACAGUCUCAGGUCACAGCUGGGGCUCAGCCCGGUGCGGGGUCACACCGGGGCUCUUCUGCUGGUAUCCUGAAGCGACCCCAGAGUCUUGCACUAAUGGAGGAGCCCAUGGCGACCCAGAUUGUCGGGCUGGAGAACGGACGCAGGAGAACAGUGACCUUCAGCCAGCAGGUUGCAAACAUUUUGCUGAAUGGCGUGCGCUAUGAGAGCGAUCUGAGUGAGAAUGUGGAGACAGGAGAGUCGCAAAUGUCGAUGAAGCUGCUGUGUAUAGCCAUCUACAGGAUGCCUCCCUCCCUGCGGAGUUUAUGCACUAAUCAUUUUCUGGGCUGGCUGUCCUUUGAAGGCAUGCUGCUUUUCUACACUGACUUCAUGGGGGAGGUUGUGUUUGAAGGAGACCCCAAAGCGCCCCAUGACUCCGAAGCUUACCAACGGUACAAUGCUGGUGUUAGCAUGGGCUGCUGGGGCAUGUGCAUCUAUGCAUUCAGUGCUGCUUUCUACUCAGCCAUAUUGGAGAAACUGGAGGAGCGUUUCUCUCUUCGCACUCUAUAUUUUUUUGCCUACCUGGCGUUCGGUUUGGGCACGGGCCUGGCGACACUAUCCACCAACAUCUACGUGGUACUUUCUCUGUGUGUCACCUAUGGGGUGCUCUUCUCCUCUCUAUGCACGCUGCCUUACUCUCUGCUGUGUGAAUACUACCAGAGCCCUCAGUUUUGCGGCUCAUCAGAGGAAGGAACCAGACGAGGGAUGGGGGUGGACAUCUCUCUGCUCAGCUGCCAGUAUUUCCUGGCUCAGAUCCUGGUCUCUGUGGCGAUGGGACCUCUGACCUCACUGGUGGGUGGGGCCCAGGGAGUGAUGUACUUUGCAAGCCUGAUGUCAUUCGUGGGCUGCCUGUACUCCUCCCUCUGCGUGGUGUACCAGCUGCCCCCCCCUGAGGGUGAGCCCCCCGAUAGCGAGACCCAGCCACUGUUGGUGCACAUUUAGAAAAGCCUCUUAAGUUACCUCACACACACACACACACACACACACACACACUGAACGGGCACAUGCUCUCACGCUGUCGCUUGGUGUCUGAGUGUGUUGACCUUCACAGCGCUGAUAGGACAGAAAACACACUGCACAUCCUGCCGCACACUGUACAGCACAAUUCCAUAUAUUGUUUCACACUAAUCGCUCUUCUCAGAGCUAGACAGACAGACAGACAGACAUUGGCCACUGCUCUAAUAUGUGUAAACAUGACCAGUGUGUUCAUACAGUGUGUGUGCCCAUGCAUUUUUUCCUAACUUGAAUGCGUGACCUUUCUGAAUGUGUGUGUGAGAGACAGAGUGUGUGUGACGUCGUUGAGGAUAGAUAAGCUGUUCUUCUGUCUGAUUCUUUGCUGUAAAAUCAUCUUUUUUCUUGCUUGUUGGUGUUUAGUGUAGAAAUGUUGAUCACAGGCUAACCACAGCUUUCCCCCCUCUUUUUCUUCCUUUUAUCAGUUGCCUAACGUCUGCAUGAGCUGCAAUAAUCUCUCAGAGCCUUGUGUUAAUGUUUUGUUUUGGUCAUACGGCCAAGAGAAUGUCUACCUGCCUGUUUCUCUGAGUUAGCACAUUAGCAUCACACAUUAGGCAGGAUGUUUUCUCUGACUAAAAUGAAUGUGCUGCCAGUGUCCACUCACACUCAACGCUCCUUCAUUAAAGGGAUCGUUUGGAUUUUUUGGAGUGGGGUUUUAUGGGGUACUUAGCCAAAUUCAGUGU